AUGGUUACCCAUGGGUGUGUGUGCAGAGGGUGUGUGUGCCAGGCUGGCCACCAUCCCUGGCCUUCUCCAGCUGUGAACGGCUCAGGGGGUCAAGAGCUCCAGAGGCAACUCCCAGAGGUGCCAGGUGGGGCCUGGGAACCACCGCGAGGGGAUGGGCUGCCCCUGCUCACCGUCAUUGUCGCUGCCUUUGUCCUGAUGGCCGUCUGUAUCGUGGUGGCAGUUCACUUUGGGCCAAGACUACAUCAGGGCCGUGCCACUCUCCCCACAGAGCCACCAACCCCAAAGCCGGAAGGCGGCAUCUACCUCAUCCACUGGCGAGUGCUGGGCCCCCAGGACAGUCAUGAAGAUGCCCAGCGGGAGCCUCCUGUCCCUGGCUCCUGCCCUGUGCCAGAUGGGCCUAGGCUCAGCACUGAUGAAGUCACAUGUCUGUAGGAGGGAGACUUUGAAAAGUUGGACUGACCUGGCUCAGAACAAGAAACCGGACAGAGAAUUAGGGCACAAGCAAAUUGGGGCCUGGACAUCAGAGCUUUGGAAAUGCACACAUGGACUCAGCUGGAGCUGCUCUCUCUGCAGAAUAUUUAUAGAGAAAACGCUGAUGUGGACAGAAGAAAUAAAAGAAGCUUGAGGGCUUUGCCUGGAAACACGCUCCUGUGAGCAUUGCUAGGGCCCAAAGCUGCCCUUACAAAGCGACUCCCUGCUUUUC